GGGCUCCCCAGGGCCUGGGAUAUGCAUGGAGGACGUCCCCUCACUUAAGGAGCUGGAGCAGCUCCUGAACACUGGGCGGCCCUCUUGUAACCAUGUCGAUGAAGUGUGGCCUAAUCUCUUCUUGGGAGACCUAGUAACAGCUCACAACAGAUUUGUUUUGUGGAAGAUGGGUGUUACCCACGUUUUAAAUGCUGCCCACGGCACAGCGUACAGCCACGGAGGCCAGGACUACUAUGGAGCUACCAUUGAUUAUUAUGGUGUGCCAGCACAUGACCUCCCCAGCUUUGAUAUAAGCCAGUUCUUUUUCUCUGCGGCAGAAUUUAUCCACAAAGCCCUGAACACACCAGGAGCUAAAAUUUUGGUACAUUGUGCAGUUGGAGUAAGUAGGUCAGCGUCUCUAGUCCUAGCAUAUCUCAUGAUAAAUCACCACCUGCCAUUGACUGAAGCCAUCAAAACAGUGAAGGAACAUCGAUGGAUUUCACCCAAUCGUGGCUUUCUGAAACACCUACGAAAUUUGGAUGUUCAGCUGCGGCAAAAGAAGGGCUGCUGAAAGGGCAAAACCCUUACAUACGCUUUUCUGAGCUUCAGCCUUCAAAAACACUGUGCACAUACUACUUCCCAGGAUCAUUACAUAUUAAAGAAAACAUAGAAAGCUGUGCAUCAAAGUAAAACAACAAACAAAACCAAACAGAACUGUCAGUAGGUGCAUUCUGGCAGCUGACUUCCUCCAAGACAAGCACGGCCAGGAUCAGCCCCCAAGUGCUACAUGCUACAGAGCUGUUGUGCCCAGCGUGAUCAUACCAGAGGGCUCCCCUGGAGCUGUGAAGAUGGGCUGAAGUUGUUCCUGAUCCGUGCUAAUGCAAGUUCAAUAAUUGCAUCUAGCGAUACUGUUUGUUUGAGUCCCCUUUUCUCAGGAGUGUUAACAGCACCAUCUUCUUCGGUUUGGUUACAGUUUUCAUGAGAAAAGCUUGUUGCACUGCAGGCCUGGAGAUGUGAUGAGGACAAUUUCUUAGGCCCUCAUGCUCUGCUGCAUACACCUUUGUCUUUUAUGGGUCUCUUAAAUAUUAUGCUGCCACAGAGAGCUGUGACGUAUCAGUGGAAUAAACUUCCUCUGCACAGCUCUCUAUGUGAUCACAGGGUCAGCAAACCCACAAGUUUUUCUUAUGUAAAUAUGUUGACAGCGAGGUACGAUAUAUUAUGUUGUAUAUUGAGAAUAUUGAAAAAGAAGACAGAUUUUUAAGAUACUUUGUAAGUGUAAACUCAUCAGUUCUGUGUAAGUGGCUUUGAAUCAUCUUUGUUUUAACAUCAGGUGAGAACCUAGGCAUUCAUCAUUACCAGGGAGCUACUGACAUAUGUUUUCCCGUGUUUGCAAGCUCUUGCCCACAAUAAACGUAGAUUGCUCUAAGGGCCUUUUUGAUGUCAAAUCCAUGAAAGAAGCAGGUAAGGAGUAAUUUUGGCUUUAAGCUAACAAAGCACUUACCUUGCACCAUCCCUCUGCUCCUUACCCCUCAAUCUGCAAGCAGGUUGCUGAGCUCCAUUCUCAGUGACUGCUCCCGUGGUGCCCCAGCGACCUGAACCUGAGCAAAGACAUCAUCCCCCAGUGCCUGUCCUCCUGCCUAUACUCAGUUCCUUACAGCUUUCCAAGUUUAAGCUGAAACAUAAGCUGAUCUAUCUGACCUCUUCCUUCUCAAAGGAUUAGUCCAGAGCCUGGAAGGAAAAAAGCAUCAAAGAUCCAGCAAGUCCAAGUAUUACUUUCCAUCCACCUCUGAAUAAGGGUGCUGACUCCUGACUACAGUGUCUUGUCUAUGUUCCAAAUUUCAAAACUUCAAUUAAAAAUAAGCCUAAAACUCAGACAGUCAGAUCCUCUCCUGCCUAAACACCUUUUAUUUGAUGUAAGUUCAUCUUGUAUUACUGUUUUCUAAAUUCAGCAGGGAACUGAGCUUAAAUCAAUAGCUAGGCUUAAUUGAUACAAGUUAGUUUUAAGCUGUUUUGAGGCUGUCACUUUUCCUAUCACCAGUUAAUCAGUUACUUAAGCAACUUGAUUUUUAAUACAGUAACAGCAUUUGCAAUUCAUGCUACCACUCUACCUGAAAAUUACCUUGUUACCUUGUGGUGAACCGUGAAGCAAUAAUCAAAUCUAUUUUUGCCCUUUGCUACUAGAUUGAUUUAUUGAUUAGCUGGCCUUGUGAACUUUCUCUGCCAGACUGAGUAAAUACAUUUCUGCAUGCUUGUUUGCA